CCCUCGUCAGUAUUUGAAGCAGCCUUCUACUCAGGCUGUGGUAUCCAUCUCCCUUGUUACCAUUAUGCCUGCAGUAACCUUCAAAGCCAAAUCCAUCACAGAACUUGUCGCAAUCCGUGCGCGAGACCAGCCGAAUGAUCCUGCUAUCUAUACGGGGUCACCUGAGGAUGGUUUCGCCGUAGUACUGCGCUCGCUCACCUUUUCCCAAAUCCAGUCCGCCGUCGACCGUCUUGCAUGGCAUUACUACACCGUCGGCCUCGCGUCAAAGACAGCCCCAGGCGAAGUACCUCCCGCGCAGACCAUUGCAGUCUUGACAAGUACAGCGAUCGACGAAUCCCUCCUAGAGAUGGCCCUCGCAAAGCUUGGUCUGACCGCCCUUCUUCUUUCAGUGAACAACUCUGUUCCGGCAGUAGCGCAUCUCACCAAGCUCACCAACGCCACUCACCUCAUCUAUGGCACGAAAUUCAUCCAAGAAGCGCACGACGCGCAGAGACUCCUUCGUAACCAAGGAUACUCUGUAGAGCUCGUCGAAGAUAAGCGCUUCCCUUUAUGGGGUUCCGAGGGCGUUGAGAGCACCAAGAUCAAACCGUUCCCAGCCGUUCUGACACCAGAACAGGAAACCAAACGACCUGCCGUCAUCCUUCACUCUUCUGGCUCAACUGGAUUCCCAAAACCAGUUCGCAUCACCCACUACGGUCUCAUCGCGAAUGUCGCGUUGAACCAGAACAAGCCAGGAUUCAGUACAUUGCCAGUAUUCCAUGGAUACGGUCAUUUUGCUGUAUUCCGAUGCAUCUACCCUGGUCAACCGCUGACGCUCUUCCCGCCUCAUCUACCCCUAACAUCCAGCAACAUAUGUGCCGUACUCGCUGCAUCACCGCCUAUCCGACAAUGUUAUGCGGUACCAUACGUUAUCAAGCUUCUCGCGGAAACACCUGAAGGCGUCAACGCCCUAGCCAGUUUCGAUAUUGUCGGAUAUGCAGGUGCCCCUCUGCCCGAUGAUCUUGGUGACAGACUCGUCCAAGCAGGAGUGAACUUACUCAGCAUCUACGGAACAACAGAGACCGGAUCUCUGAUGAAUUCUAACCGUGACUUCUCGACGGACAAACUCUGGAACUGGACUCGCCCUCUCCUCGGUUCAGCCAACUAUCUCGUUUGGGAACCACAAGGCGGCGAUACCUUUGAAGUUAUCGUCAAGGACGGGUAUCCUCCAAAGAUCGAGACUAACCGCCCCGACGGAUCCUACGCGACCAAGGAUCUCUUCCUCCGACAUCCUGAGCGCAAAGACUUGUAUAAGUACAUCGGACGUCUCGACGACACGCUUGUACAUAUCCUCGGGGAGAAGACCAACCCCGUCCCCAUGGAACUCUGUAUCCGAGGAAACAGCCCAUACGUCGCAGAAGCCAUCGUCUUCGGGGCCGGGAAACCCCAAACGGGGUGCCUGAUCCUCCCUUCCGACCUCGCUAAUGAAGAAGGCCUCUCCCAGGAUGAGCUCAUGUCCAAAGUCUGGCCCGUCAUCGAACAAGCCAACGCUGAAGCACCAACCCAUUCGCGGUUGCUACCCGAGAUGGUUGAGUUCUUGCCGUAUGAUACAGCUAUCCCGGUAGCCACCAAGAUGAGUAUACUCCGAUCGGCGUGUUAUUCGAAGUUCAAGGACCUCAUAGAAAACAUCUACGCUCGGUUCGACCAAACUGACUUCGAGGUGGAGAAGAAGACACUACCACGAGAGGAGCUGGAGGCAUACAUCUUUGAUACCAUUGCCAAAGCUCUUGGCCCCAAUCGGUCAGCGAAGCUUGAUAGAAAAGUAGAUCUCUUCGCAUUUGGAGUAGACUCGUUACAGGCGACGAGGAUUCGGAAUAGCUUUCAGAAGGAGCUGGAAUUGGAGACUCAUAACCUUAGACAAACAGUGGUGUAUGAGCAUCCGUCGGUGGAGAAACUUGCGGAUUACAUCCUGCGACUACAAAGCGGUGUUACUCAAGUAGACAAUGGGUGCGAAGCCGUGAUGCUAGCACUGCUCGAUAAAUGGGGUGCCAAGGUUGGCACACAUACGGCCAGAGCUAAUGCUCCACCAAAGCCUACCGACAGACGUGUAAUCCUCCUCACCGGCGCAACGGGAUCCCUCGGUGCACACAUUCUUUCUCAGUUAACAGCAUCCUUUUCCGUUGGAAAGGUCGUCUGUCUGUCUCGCGCCAAGUCUCACGCGGAAUCUCUGGAGCGUGUCAGAGCGUCGGUCGCUGCCCGGAAAGUUUCCGUCGACGAAACCAAGGUCACGUCGUACGGAGCAAACGCCAACGAACCUCUCCUCGGGUUGACAGCAGAAGAGUACGGCGCACUACGAGAUGAGGUGACGGACGUUAUCCACAACGCCUGGCCUGUGAAUUUCGUGCUCAACAUCGAGUCCUAUGACACGCAUAUCGGAGGCGCGGUGAAUCUCAUCAACUUGUGCCUUGAGUCUCCCUUCUCCGAGCCUGCCUCGUUCGCGUUCAGCUCGUCCGUCAGCUGUAGGCAAGGGUCCCAGGACGAGACAUGUUCGGAGGGCUUUUCUCCUGCACCGUCGACGGCUGCAGGAACGGGUUACGCGCAGAGCAAGUGGGUCGUGGAGAAGCUGUGUGAGCGCGCAACGGAGAAGAGUAGGGUGCCCGUGUCGGUUCUGCGGAUAGGCCAGAUGGUCGGGGAUUCUGUGCAUGGCGUGUGGAACGAAACGGAGGCAUGGCCAUUGAUGUUCAAGAGUGCGAAUACUGUGGGCGCGCUUCCUGUGGUUGACGAACACCCUUCGUGGCUCCCUGUAGAUUUCGCAGGGAAAAGUAUAGCAGAGGUCGUAUUGAGUACGACGAAGCCUGCCACGGCUGUGUACCACAUCGUGAAUCCCAACACGUCGGCUCAUUGGAAGGAUAUUCUCGCUGGACUGGAAGCUUCUGGUGUGAGCUUCGAGCGUGUGGAUAAGAACGAGUGGGUGGAGAGGCUAGCCAAGUCUGAUGCGGAUGGGAAGAAGAAUCCGGUUAUCAAGCUGUUGCCUUUCUUCCGAAUGAGAUAUGGACCAUCCCAUAGAGCGCCGAUGGUGUUCUUGACAGAGAUAACGACCAAAAUCACACCUACUUUGAAACAGGCACCGGUCGUUGAUAGAGAGCUUGUGGCAAAAUGGGUGGCACACUGGCGAACCACCGGAUUUAUCAACUAAUUCUAAAGAAAAGAGAGCAAGAAUGUGUAAGAUAUAGAGAAGCUCUCUGUAGAGAAUUGAGUAUGUACCUCGUUUUGAGCUGCUCCUUCCAUAGAGUGAAAAUAGGUUCUCUCAACGAAGUGGAAAUGCAGAU